GAACCAGUGGUGAAAAGAAAAUCUACAAGAAGAAGCAAGAAAUUUUCUGCUGUUUUGUAUUAAAAGAAGGAGAAAAAUUGCAAAAAUAUAUAAAACUAAUAAUAAAAAACACAGUGUUUAUGAAAUAUAACAUAUAAUAUAUACAAAAAAUACAAUGAAUAUUUAAAAUAAAUUAAAAAGAAUAUAUAAAAACGUUAAAUUAUACAUACAAAAAUUGGAAGAAAAAAAAAACGUAGGCCACGAAAUAAAAAAAGUGCACAAAACGAUACAAGAAAAAAAUAGCAGCAGUGUAAAAAAAGGCUUUUUUUAAGCAAAUAUUACAACAAAAAUCUUAUAGAACAACAACAACCAUAACAACAAGAAAUAUAUACAGUUUGCAAAAAAUAAACAACAAUUGAGAAGAAGAAAAAAAAAGCAAACAUAAACAAACAGCAAAUAAAAACAACCUUAAAAAAAGAGGGCAACAACAAGAAGAAAUAAAAAAACAACAAAAUUAUAAGGAGGAGGAAAACAAAAAAGAGUAUUAUAGUAGUGUAAACAUUAAAUAAACAAAAAAAGCUCUUAAAUAUACUUACAAAACGACAUACCAAACUAUAGAACUAUAGAACAUUUAGUUUUGUUUUUGUUUGGAUUUGAAACGUGAAAAAAGGCAAAUAUCUUUCAGCAACAAUAAUAAAAACGUAAAGAACAUCUAGCAACGGCCACUACUGCUGAUACAAUUCAGUAAAAAAAACUUGUAUUAGAAAAGAUAUAGCAACAACAACAAGACAAAAAAUCAUACUAAAUAUGUAUUAAAAACGAAAAGUAUGUAUUUAACAAAAACCUGUCAACGUAAUACCAGCAAACGUAACAUCAUCAUCAUCAGCAGCAACAAACAGAGAAUCACUAAAGAAAAGUAUUCCUUUGAUAGUCGACGUAAAUCUACGUAAAACAUCAAAAACAAAAUACAAAAACAACUACAUUAGGUCUUUAUAUAAAAAUAGCCCAAGUCUAUAAACAGCACGAUAAAACACAGACCAUAAUAUACAAAUUUUUUGAAAUUGAAAACUACACCAACAGCAACAAGAAAAUUAACAAGUAUCAGAAAGAAGGUGUUGUUGGAAGAAUUUCAUUUUCGCGUGCUCUCAUUAGUGCAUCAUCUAAUUUGAUUGUUAAAUAAUUAUUACCCCCUACACGUCGUUUUGUCUUGUAGUGCUCUCGACGUCGUCUUCGUCGUCGUCGUCAUUGUCGUUAAUAAACUCUGCUGCUACAACUUAUUAUUCUUCUUACACAGCAGAAAAUUAAAUAUCCAAAACAUACGCUAAAAGAAUUAUAUUAACUACAUACAACAAAACUAUAUUUGAAAAAUAAACACUAACUAAUACACUCUAUUAUAGAAAAUUAGAGAAUAUAUUGGAAAAUAGAGAAUACGAUUUUUUUUUGGAAAGUUUGCUGCACAAGCAAACAAACCAACAUACUCUUUUACGACAAGUGAAUUCAAAGAAAGUAACAAAAUAUUUUCUUAAAACGGUUAUUUUUAUAAAUUGAAAAAAUUACAAAUUUCAAAAUGAAGCGUCGUAAUGCCGAUUGCGGCAAACUACGGAGACCUAUAAAGCGUAACAAAAUAACGGAAAGCAUGUAUGGCAGCACAACCGUAUUGUAUAUGAAAUUUUUGGUACUAUGGGCAAUUGUGAUAACUGCAGAUUUUAUGUUUAUGUUCCGUUUUGAAUUUUUAUGGCCCUUCUGGUUACUACUGCGCUCCGUACAUGAUUCAUUUAAAUACAAAGGAUUGGCAUUUUCGGUAUUGUUUGUUUGUAUUGCUAUAACAUCCGAUUUGGUUUGUUUAUUCUUUAUACCAGUUAAUUGGUUAUUAUUUGCCGCCAGUACAUAUGUUUGGGUACAAUAUGUCUGGCAUACAGAUAAAGGCAUUUGCUUGCCCACCAUUAUAUUGUGGAUGUUAUUUGUAUAUUUAGAGGCUGGUAUAAGAUGGAAGGAUAGCAGACAUAUGCCACAUUUAGAUUUAUGUAGACCAUUUGCAGCACACUGCAUUGGCUAUCCAGUGGUUACAUUAGGUUUUGGCUUCAAAAGCUAUGUAGGCUAUCGUAUGCGGCAACGUAAACAACGGGAGGUCUCAAAAGAAAAUGAAUUUUAUAUGCAACUAUUGCAACAAGCACUGCCACAAGAGGAACCCGCACCGUCUGAAGACACACAAACUUUGGUGGCCACAAAUACUUCCAAUACGAAUGCCGUUGCUGCUGUAGUUGCAGCAGUUCAUGGUAGUGGUGGUGGUGGCAGUGGCGGUAAUGGUGCACAAAAUCAACAUAUACAUAAUGGUAAUACGACGUUAGCAACAGGAGCUUCUUUAACCGCCGCACAUACACAAAUAUCAAAUUCUAUAGCUACAGCAAAUGGUUCUGCUGUGGCCUUAGCACAAAAUCAACAGCAGCUGCAACAUCAUCAUCAGCAUAAUCAUCAUCAACAGCAGGAGCAUCAUCAGCAGCAGCAACAUCACCAGCAUCAUACUAAUAAUCACAAUGGUAACAGUUUUACAACAAAUGGUACCGCUUCAAUGGCUUCAUCUGCUAAUCUAACGGGUGUUGCCAACUCAAACUCCUCCUCCUCCUCUACUACUACUUCCUCCUCUACUUCUAAUAAUAACAAUAAUAAUAAUGCAACAUCUUCUACGUCAGCCUCAUAUUUAUCUACUACGCUAACAACAGCAUCAACAUCAUCAUCGUCUAAUGAUGAUAAAAGCUAUGUACAAAUUGGUGGCGGUAGUGGUGUAUCAUCGAAUGGUCAUAUAGGAGCAGCAGGCAGCGGAGGUGGCGGUAAAAACCAUCGACGUAGUAUGGAUAAAGAAAAUAAACACAAAGGUAGUUCAUCGUCUAAUCAUAAUAAUCUAGCUGCUAGUGGUGGUGGUGGUGAUAAUGAAAGCCAUACAAAAACCAACAACAAAAACAACAACUAUCAUCAAUUGAAUCAGGGCAAUGAAAGCAAUACACAUCAUCAUCAGCAGCAGCAGCAACAACAAAAUCAUAACAACAAUAAUAAGGAAAAAUCAUCAGAAUGGGAUAAUAAUAGUUAUCAUCAACAGCCGCAGCAGCAGCAAAAAGAUAAAGAUAAACAUGAAUCCCAAUCAAAAUCGAAUAAAAAGUCGAAUACUUCCACUGCGUCAACAACAUAUAAUGUUAAUGGCAAUGUUAAUUCGCAUUUGGAUACGGAAGAUGUUGUAACCGUGGAACCGGUGGAGAAAACUAAAGGACGCCGUAAUCGUUCUAAGAAGGAUAAUGCUUCCAAAGACAAUCACCAUCAUAACCACAAUAAUAAUAAUAACAACAACAACAACAACAGCAGUAGUAGCAACAAUAACAACAAUAAUAAUAAUCAUUCUCAUACAAAAGACUCUUCUAACAAAGAGAAUCAUAAUACAACUAAGGAUACUCAUCAUAAUCAUCAUCACAAUUCCGAUGCCUCAUCGGUGUCCUCUUCCUCAUCCAGCACAUCGUCUUCUUCGUCGUCGGGUGUGUCCGGUAAUUCGGCCACCUCAACCAUAUCUCAUUUAGCUUCUAAGGUUGUCUCAAAGAUCUGUGAAACGUGUCUUAAACUGGAGGCCGAUGUGAAAAAAUAUCGCUCGGAAAUCAGUCACAUGAAACAGAUCGAAAACGAGUUGAGACAAAAACUGGACACGAAUAUGACAACAAAAUCCUGUUUGCAGGCCAAACAGAAAGAAUGUGAUGAAUUGGAGAAACGUUUGCACGAAUUGACCAACGCCCGACACAAUGACAUGAUGCAAUUACAGACCGUCGAACGACGCUUGGCCGAGGAGAGGCGGCAAAAACAAUCGUUAGAUGCUCAACUCAAUAACGAGAAGAAGGCCCGUAAAUUGGCCGAGGAGAAAGCAUCACGCCCGGAGUGCAGCUCACAAUGUAAACAGAGGAAACAACAGAUGGAGGAGGAGAUUAAACAGCUAAGACGUGAUUUGAAAAUGGCCGAAGAUGCUAAACAAAUGGCAGAGCAACAUGGUCGUAAAUGGGAACAAGAACUUCGUAUGUUUGAGCAAGAAAUACGUAAUCGUGAUUCCAUACAGCCCGGUACUGAUGUAUUAAUGAACGCAUUGGCCGCUAUGCAAGAUAAGAAUUGCACAUUGGAGAAAAAUCUCUCGGCAGAGACGAGAGUUAAGCUGGACUUAUUCUCAGCUCUGGGGGAUGCCAAACGACAAUUGGAAAUAUCAGAAAGCCUACGUCGCUCCAAGGAAGAUGAGGUUCAUGAUCUUAAGGCAAAAAUUGCACAACUAUUAGCGGUCAUGCCCACUGAUACAUUAUGUUUGCCAGCCUGUAGCUCAACUGGUGCCAGUUCAAUGCUACGCAUGAAUGAUACUCCACCGCUACAGACUGGCCCAGGCCCAGCUUCCCCUAUGCUAACCAGCCUUAGUGCAGCUCAAGCCCAACAACAAUUAACAGGACGUGUUAUUGUAUCUGCUUCGGCAUCCGAUUAUGUGCAACAAACUAUGUCCGGAGAAUAUGUUGUUACCACACAUGCACAACAGCAGCAGCAGCAGCAGCAACAACAGCAGCAGCAGCAACAACAACAGCAUCAACAACAGCAGCAUCAGCAACAACAGCAUCAGCAACAGCAGCAGCAUCAUCAACAACAGCAGCAUCAGCAACAUCAACAACAGCAGCAACAGCAACAUCAACAACAGCAGCAACAACAACAGCAGCAAUGUGCCGGUGUUGUACCCGUUUCUGUGGCCACUUCGGUUUUAGUAACAUGUCCUCAAGUUUCUAAUGGCGUUGGCAAUGCUAAUGGUUCAAAUUUAGAUCCCAAUGCUACAGUUUACACACCCAAAGCUGGUCCCAAUAAUAAUGGGGGAAAUGUUGUCGUUGUUGGUGGCUCCGGAGAUGCCUGAUGUAUGUUUAAUAAAAAUGUCCAUCAACAUUUACAAAACAGUAGUAGACGUCAUGUUUGAGAUUAUUUUAAUUAAACGAAAAGAAAAUGCAAACUAAACUACACAUGAGUUAAAGUGUUUAAAAAAAAACAAAACAAAUAAAUGAUUUGUAAUUUUCAAUAUGAAAUACUCUAUUCCAAAGUCGUAUACAGUUAAUUUUUUUUUUCAAAAAAUACUGUAACGGACACUGAGAAUAAGAUUUUGUUUUUCUUAGGGAAAAGAGUAUAUCAAUAUUGAAUUAAUAGCAAAAUAAACAAAAUACAAUUAUAAAACAAACUUAAAAGCAAAAAAACCAACAUGAUUACAACAUGAUGAAUAACAAACAAAAUAUCUUAUUGAAAAAUAAAUCACACACACACAAAAAAAAGAAAAUAAAACAAAAAACACAAAUUUGAAAAGAAAUGAAAUAAAAACUGCAUUAAAAAAAACUAAA